CGGAGAAUUUGAGGAUUCGCCUCUGACGUAUGGAGCGCAAUCAGCCAAUGGGGGCGGUGCUACAAGCCAGGGGGCGGAGCUUGCGGGUCGGCGACUAGAUUGAGCUGGAAUGGGCAAGAGAAGAAGGAGUAACUUUGGAAGGGCGGGGAAGUCCUGCCAGCGAGAGGACAACUCUUCUCCUGCGUUGCUUGGAAAAGGAGACUCAAGAUGAUCGAAACAUUUGCCACAAGUGAAGCUCAAGAACUGCUGCAUCAGCUGAAUGUGUUACUGGAACAGGAGUUAAGAUGUCAGCCAAAGUUUUCUGGCCUAAGAAUAAUUGAAUCUGCUCAUGAUAACGGGCUUCGAAUGACUGUGAGAUUGAGAGACUUUGAAGUGAAGGAUCUCCUUAGUUUAACUCAGUUCUUUGGCUUUGGUACAGAGACAUUUUCUCUUGCUGUGAAUUUCUUGGACAGGUUUUUAUCAAAAAUGAAGGUGCAGCCGAAACACUUGGGAUGUGUUGGGCUAAGUUGCUUCUACUUAGCUGUGAAAGUGACCCAAGAAGAGAGAAAUGUUCCACUAGCCACUGACUUAAUCAGAAUCAGCCAAUAUCAAUUCACCAUUUCAGACCUCAUGAGGAUGGAGGUGAUCCUUCUGGAGAAGCUUUGUAGGAAAGUGAAGGCAACAACUGCCUUCCAUUUUCUGCAGCUUUUUCAUUCAAUCCUACACAGUAGCCUAAGCUGUGAAAGGAAAAGUCACCUUAACUUAGAGAGACUGGAAGCCCAGCUGAAGGCAUGCCACUGCAGGCUUGUUCUUUCUAAAGCAAAGCCGUCAGUAUUGGCUCUUUCAAUAAUGGCCCUGGAAGUUGAAGAAGAAAAACUGCUGGAGCUGGUGGAAAUGAUGGAAAGUCUCCGAACACAUUCCAAGAUAAGCGGCAGAGAGCUCUCCCUUUGGAAGGAACUUGUCUCAAAGUGCCUCUCAGAGUAUUCCUCAAGCAAGUGCUCAAAACCAAAUGUUCAGAAGUUGAAGUGGAUAGUGUCUGGUCGCACAGCAAGGCAGCUCAAGCACAGCUACUAUAGAAUAACCCAUCUUCCUACUAUCCCUGAAAGUGGUCUCUAAAAGUGACAGGCCUGAAGAAGAAAAGAGGCAUCACUGACUGCCAACAUGGGUGCAACCUUGAGGGCUAAGAUCUUAUUUAAAGCAGACCAUA